AGCCACAGCGCGCCGAGCCACGCCGAGCCGAGCGAGGGACGGGACACGGUCGCACACGGUCGCACACGGAGAACUCGGAGGCGCGCGGCCCAGCUCCUGGACAAGUGCGUGAUGGAGCCGUGAGGACUCGCAGCACUGCACACGCGGCACGCCUGCGGCACGCGGGCCGUCCAGGCAUGAGGCAAGGCUGAGAGCAGCCGCGGCGCGACGGACGGAGCUGCUGUGGUGCUGCUGCUGGAUCGAGCCGAGGCCAGCCCAGCCUGCCGAGCCACCGCCUAGGAGCAAGCGGCGCGGAGGGCACUCAUUCCUACGAGACUGUCUCCUCAACGACAAGGCUGAUGAAGCUGGACGCGGCGGACCCCUUGGGGCUGGUCCCGCGGGUCGUGGAGGUCAAGUCGCUGACGCGAUGGAGCCAGACGCCCCCCGCCCACGGCGGCCUCUUGGCGGACUACAGCCUGAGCGGCGAGCUGCCCGCCCACAAGCACUGCCCCUUCCCCUACAACCCCACCCUCAACCACAAGAUCAUACUAUGGUCUGGAGACAUAUCAGAGCUGAGCGUGGACGCCGUGGUGCACUCCACCAACGAGUCCAUGUCGGAGAGGAGCCCGCACAGCGACAGGAUCCACUUCCGCGCCGGCCGGUCCCUGCGCGACGAGAUCAUCAAUGAAGUCAUAGAAUGUCGGACGGGAGGCGUGCGAGUGACCCAGGGCCACAACCUGCCGGCCAGGUUCAUCAUCCACACCGUGGGCCCCAAGUACAACAUCAAGUACCAGACGGCCGCCGAGAACUCCCUCCACAUGUGCUACCGCAAUGUCCUCCAAAAAGCGCGGGAGCUCAACCUGCAGUCGCUAGGGAUCUGUGUAAUCAACUCCGUGAGACGGAACUACCCACCCGACCGGGGCGCGCAUAUUGCACUGCGAACGAUCCGGAGGCACCUGGAGCAGCCCAACUUCUCCCAGAUGGACGCCGUGGUGCUCGCCGUGGACAACGCGGACCUCAGCAUCUACGAGGUGCUGCUGCCGCUGUACUUCCCGAGGUCCUCCGCCGAGGAGGCCCAGUGCCGCUGGCUCCUGCCCUCCGACAUCGGCGGCCCCAUGGGGGAGCCCGUGGUGGCCGACCGCCAGAUCCGGAUCAUCGACAACCCCCACCACUCGCUGGCAGUGGACCGCUGCGUGGGCUGCGGCGGCGGCGUGCACUCUGGCUCGUGCUCGGGCGACGUGUACGUGGAGACGCGCGGCGACGGCGAGGCCGUGUCGGAGCACAUCGGCAUCGGGGAGCACGCAUUCAGCCAGAUGCAGGGCGACCUGGACCAGCAGCGGCUGCUGGGCGAGCGGCCCGCGGCCGACAUCGAGCUGGUGCGCCAGAUCCAGAGCAAGGAGCGGUAUGAGCGCCUGCUGCGGCGCGCCCGGACCGAGGACCUGUCCGAAGUGUCGGGCAUCGGCUGCCUGUACCAGAGCGGCGUGGACCGCUUCGGCCGGCCGGUCAUUGUGUUCGUCGGCAAGUGGUUCCGCUUCAAAGAGAUAGACCUGGACAAGGCGCUGCUCUACCUCAUCUACUUGCUGGACCCGCUGGUGAAGAGCGACUACGUCAUCGCCUACUUCCACACGCUGACGUCCACGGCCAACUACCCGUCCUUCCAGUGGCUCAAGGAAGUCUACAAUAUUCUGCCAUACAAGUACAAGAAGAACCUCAAGGCGUGCUAUGUAGUGCAUCCCACGUUCUGGACCAAGAUGAUGACUUGGUGGUUCACGACACUGAUGGCGCCCGCCAUCAAGCACAAGGUUCACAGCCUGCCCGGGGUGGAGUGCCUGUACGAGAUCAUUAGUCGGGACGACCUGGAAAUCCCUGCAUUUAUCACUGAGCACGACAUGACGAUCAACGGACUUCACUACUUCCACCCCAUUCAGCCCACCUAGGGGCGACUUUUCCGGCAUGAGGAACCCUCCGAUUACAUCAUUCGGAGGUCCUCGUCCCGGAAUGAAUCUGAGAAGCAGCCAGAGUCCCUGUAUGUGAGCCUGCAACUCCUGGUGCACUACCUCCUUGUCCUCGCCAAACUGAAAUAGGGCGGAGUGGGUUUGACCGGGUUCUACUGGACUGGCUGAAGGAGUCUGGAUUGGACUUGCCACACUGUGCUCCCUGUUAUGAGCCUUCCCCUAAAGGACUCACCUCUCCCUAAUAUGUGUUGUUACAAGUGUGUCUGUUCGCCAUUUAUAAAGCAUUUUCAUAAAAGAACUAGUCGGUGCAUACCAGUAUCGGCAAAGAACAGGUGCAUAGCAAGACUGCGUAGAUAGGCGUUCCCGUUAUUUUAGCAUUGUUUUAUGAAGUGAGCCAUGUGUGCAUGAAUGAAUGCAGGAAUGUAAAUCUCUUUAGUUAUCAGUCAUAUGUAGUUAAACCUGCGUGUUUUUUGUUUGUUUUUUAAAUUAAAAUAAACUUUAUGUAAUGUUGUUUGAUAAGUGUCCGCAUUUCCUGCGGUGAGCAUAUGGAGCUCGUCUCGACAGCAAUAUGUUAUACUUAUUAACAGUUUGCAAUGUACUGUCUGUGGAAAUCAAAACUUGUACAUUAUUAGAGCUAAGUCUUUCCUACACAGUUGUUGUGAUGUACUGUUGUCUUGAUGAUACCUUUCUUAAUACUUCUAAGAAAACAAAAUCAUAGCAUGCUUGUGUCUAAGAAGUGGCACAUUCAAAGCACUCCAUACCAUGUCAGUACGUCCCAUUGAUUGGACAUUGCAUACAUUUACUCUGUGCAGUAAACAGUCUGCUCCAUUCAACAUGAAAAUUGUACAUCAGUUUCUACUAUUUUAGCUGAUUUCCAUGUUAGAGGUGGACAGAGGUGGGCCUCUGAUAAUAGGUCUCUCAAACGAAAAUAUUAAUCAUGGAAUUCUAUGUAUACUUCUAUUGGCACAGUUUCAACACUAUGUUGACUAAAUUUCUUGCUUCUCAAGCAUUAUCUUGAAUGAGAUUGCAGGGUGUACUUGAUUGUAGGUUCAAUUAUUUAAGUCACUAAACUUUACCAGUGCUGCUUUCACUACUUUAUUCUUUCUUGAGAUUUCUCAUGAUUUAAUCACUUCCUCUUGUUAUAUUUUUCCACCAAGUUAACUUGUUGGAAUUUUUUUGACAUGCUACUUUUAAUAGUUUGUUUUCCAUUCAUCCAUCAUAGCUCAUGGUGCUUUGCUAUGAGUGAUUAAUAGUGCUGUGCUAAUUUAUGAGUACUGGUCAAAAAAAAGUGUGAGAAAAAUCCUUUGUAUAGGUGUACAGCUCCCAUCCUAGUAUGUGCCAGCACAGCAAUUACCAUUCAUUCUCUUGGUUUUAUCAUCUCUUAAUAAUCUUGUCCCCAAUAGGUGUAAAGUAUUUGCUAAAAGCUAAAAGCUGCCGCAGACCCUGAAUUUCUUGGAACCAGAAAACUCAAACGAAUAUACCUUUAUCUGGCUCUUAAUUGCUGCAAGUGAACGGAACAACCACUGCCGUGACUUAUCUGAACAUUGGUUCACCUGCGCGCUACCUGCUUUUACAAUUAGGGUAUUUGAUAAUGUAAUAACUUUAUCCUGGAGCAGUUAUUUUCCUUGUUAGUAUGUUAUGUCUCAUAUUUGUUGGCGGCUCAUUUGUCAUUUGACAAUGGCUGGUUUUUAAAAAAUGUUAUUGUAAAUGUUGUUCAAGUUUUAGAAAUUUUUGGUGUCACUCCUUUUUACAUUCAGGUCCAGUGGGGAAAAAACCAAAAAUACCAUUCUUUGUGACUCAUUUUAGUCUGAGUACUAAGUUAAAGUAGUUCUGUGUGUUGCGUCAUGGUAUAUAUAAAUUUGUCAUAAAAAAUAAAAAUUAAAAUGUGGAUUGUAGCAAUAUGUACGUAUUUGUCUCUGUUGGAACACACUUAAUAUACUUGUGUGCCAAGUAACAGCAAUGCUGAUAAAUAGUUGAAGUGUUUUGCACAUAAAAGUAAUUUGCAACAGUGCUUCCAAUUGGGUUUGCUGAAGGUGCACUGUCAUGCAUUGUCAAAAAUAUUUUUCCCUAAAGGGCAUUUCAGGUUUUUUAAAAUGCAUGUUUGAGCAGUAAUUUUUUUAAUGCAAACUGGCAAUAGGUGAGUUACUGUGUUAACCAAGUACCUGUUAUAGAGUAUUCCUUGGAUUGCUGUUGCCUUGUUUUAUGAAUAUUUCAUCUCCGUGACCAAUCAUACAUUCCGAUCCCAAAUUAAAUUAGAAAAUGUAUCUUGUUAUCAUGCCUUCAUUUUGUUGAUUUGUUUUGCCAAGUGCCUGUAGAUGACAUAGAUACCUUAAUUUAUCAAUAUUGUUGGUAAUAAUAUCUUAUUUUUAACAAAGUUCAAAUUUCAUCCUCAACCACAUGUGUCUAUUAGGAAAAAAUUGUAUUUGCUUUGCAAAUGGCUAGGGUUGUAGAGUUGCCCCCCGGAAAUUCCCGGAGGUGGUUGUUGCUAGGUCAAAUAUGAUUAGUGGUUUGUUCAUAGAGCUUCAGAAUGCAAUGAGUACUGUCUGUUCUCUGUGCGGUGCGAGGGAAAAUGAGCAUCCCCCACUUGCUGUGAAUUGACUGUAUAAGUAGAAAUGAGCUGUUUAAGUGCAUUCCUGCUGUGGCACUGUGUAGUGAUAAGAAGUGCCAAACAAAUGUGGAGUGUUCAUGUGUUUUCUAACAACACAAUCUUCAUCUUUUCAUAUUGGGGGUGUCACCUCCCAUGUAUAUUAUGCAUGUGUUCACAGGGAUGCGUAUUCUUUAGGCAAUCAGUACCACCAGUUACUUUUAGGAGGAAAUGUAAUGCACUGACAGUAGAUUUUGAUUCCAAUAAUACCACUGUGCCCACACAGGAUAUAAACAGUGUUAAUAAACAGCUCUCGCACUAAAUAUCUAUUUAUGAUUUAAUUGUUCUUUUUUAUGUUUCAUUAAAUUAUUAUUUUUAUCUUAAAUCAAGAGUCAGAUAGUUUCUUUAUGUAUGUUCUUAUCAGAAUACAGUCAAAGUGGUCUAGUUAUUGUCCCAUACUAUAGCAUUUUGUCCCCACUAGUUCGGAGAAGUCCUGUGACAUUUUGGAAGCUCAUGGAAUGCUUUUGCAUUCUAGUCGUAGAUUGUAUUGAAGGCAGAAAAACUGAUGGCAGUAAAGAGUGGAUACUUGUUAAAGUUGUUAAAAUGCAAUAGUUUGAAGGUUAUAUUUAUCAUCUAACAUAGAGAAAAAUAGUUGCAAUUAUUUGUUCCCUGCUUUUUCCUACGAUGAAUGGCUUUCCCCAUUCUAUAGAAGCCAGUCAUUUUUACAAUUUCCCUUUAUCUUAAGACAUUGUUUUUUCAAAGUUUUUGGAAGUUUUAAAAUUAAUGUUAAAGCUUUCGGUUGGGUUGUUGAGCAAAGUGGUCUGAAGAAUUGUUAUCUGAAUUGUUAGCCUGUUAAGAUUAUAUUGUGCUUUGCUAAUUGUAGAGGAAACGAAAAAGGAUUGUUGUUAUUCAUGGUUCUUCUAUGGUGUCCUUUUGAUCACAACUGUCCCAGUUGUUCGUUUAAUUUUGUAUACAUUUUCAUGGACGUACAUAACUAAAAAUAAAGUGGACAACAGGACACCAUAAGAGACAAAGUGGGAAAUCUUUUCAAAUUUACUUCAAAAGUGCGCUGCGCUCUUGUUCAUAUUGAAAUCAAUGAAAGGGAAAAAUGUGUAAUAGUUAGAUGCAUUGCUUUUGGCCUUCAUUUUCCUCUCAUUGGCCACUCCAUGCGUUUGUGAUUACUCUUUUUUUACAGUUUUAAUUUUUUAUGUAUGUUGAACACAUGAUAUUGAAUACACCCAAUGUUGAAUGUUACUUGAA